GAAAUCAUAUGUUGAAACUCUCUUCGUUUCCAUGGCGAUGUAUCCUACGUAAUGUCAAAACAAUACGAUCAAACAGAUGUCAUUCGAGGUGCUCGAUGCAACUGUACAGCGAUCGGAACGAAUAGUCCGAUUGAAGUUUCGUAGCGUAUCGUAAUUUUCGCAAUGUCUACAUUUAUUGAAAACGUGUAUAUAAAAGACGGAGAAUACACAAAAACGAUAUACACUAUGAUAAAAGAACAGCGAUACACAGAAACUAUAAAAAUUUUGUUAAAUCUUUUAGAUUCUUAUCCCAAUUCUAGGCCUUGCUUAUCGCUCCUGGCUCAUUGUUACUUUUAUACGCAAGAUUUCGUGGCGGCGGCACAAUGUUACGAGAAAUUGGUUCAACUGUGCCCAGAGGAAAACAUCUACAAGCUCUACUAUGCUCAAUCGUUACAUCAGGCUUGCAUGUAUCAGGAGGCGUGGGCAGUCUGUUCGAGCAUCAUUGAUCAGAGUAAUUUGGAGUUUAAAGUAAAGAAGUUGCAGGCAGCUAUAAAGUAUGGGCAGGAGGACAUGGUGGCGGCCAAGAAUCUCGUGGACCAAUGUCCUGCCGAUGACGUCGACACGGAAAUCAAUCUUGGCUGUCUGCUGUACAAGGAGGAGCAAUACGAACAGGCUCUCAAGAAGUUCGCGAACGCCUUGCAAAUCGCAGGAUUCAGGCCCCACUUGUCAUACAACGUUGCCCUGUGCUAUUUCAAAUUGAAGGAAUACGCAGCCUCGUUGAAACACAUCGCGAACAUCAUCGAGCAAGGUAUACGAGAGCAUCCGGAGCUAAGCGUGGGGAUGACCACCGAGGGUAUCGAAGUUCGAAGCGUCGGUAACACGUUAACCCUGCACGAAACCGCGCUGACGGAGGCGUUCAAUCUCAAGGCCGCUAUAGAGUACCAAUUGCAAAAUUACGAUGCGGCGAAGGAGGCGCUGACCGACAUGCCGCCGCGCUCGGAGGAAGAGCUCGACGCUGUCACGCUGCACAAUCAGGCGCUGAUAAACAUGGACACGAAGCCGAGCGAGGGAUUCGAGAAGCUGCAGUUCCUGCUGCAGCAAAAUCCAUUCCCGCCUGAAACUUUUGCCAAUCUGUUGCUCCUGUACUGCAAGUAUCAGUACUACGACCUGGCCGCCGAUGUUCUGGCCGAGAAUGUACAUCUAACUUACAAGUACCUGACACCAUAUUUGUACGAUUUCUUGGACGCGCUUAUAACGCAGCAAACGUCGCCGGAAGAGGCAUAUCGCAAGUUCGACGAUCUCGCUAAUAAGCACACGGAAACUUUGCGCAAAGCGACGAAGCAGGUGCAAGAGGCGAGACUAAAUCACGACGACAAUGCCGUCAAGAAGGCCGUCAAUGACUACGAGGAAGCUCUGGACCGAUAUGUGCCGGUUCUGAUGGCGCAAGCGAAAAUUUACUGGGAUCUGGAAAAUUACAUUCAGGUGGAGAAGAUCUUCAGAAAAAGCGUCGAGUUCUGUAACGAGCACGACGUAUGGAAGUUGAACGUUGCGCACACUCUCUUUAUGCAGGAGAACAAAUUCAAGGAGGCGACAGGCUUCUACGAGCCGAUCGUCAAGAAGAGAUACGACAAUAUCCUGGACGUAAGCGCCAUAGUUCUCGCCAACUUGUGCGUCAGUUAUAUCAUGACUUCGCAGAAUGCGGAAGCCGAGGAGUUGAUGAAGAAGAUCGAGAAGGAAGAAGAGGCGGUGUCGUUCGAGGACCAGGAUAAGAAACUUUUCCACUUGUGUAUCGUGAAUCUGGUGAUCGGCACGUUGUACUGUUCCAAGGGUAACUACGAGUUCGGCAUAUCGAGGGUUAUGAAGAGUUUAGAGCCUUACAAUAAAAAACUCGGCACCGAUACAUGGUUCUACGCGAAGAGAUGCUUUCUGUCUCUUUUGGAACAAUUGGCCAAACAACUGGUGGUUUUGAAAGACUCUACAUUGCAGGAGUGCAUCCAGUUCUUAGAGCAUUGUGAAGUUUAUGGCAAAGACAUUAUGACUGUAAUAGAACAGCCGUUUGAUGUGCAAGAUAUACACAAUGUCGUUCCACAAGGCAAGCGUACGGUGGUUUACGAGGCGCGCUAUCUCAAAGCGUUAUUUUUAAAGCUAUAAGUGUCAUGUAUAUUCACAUAUGUAUGAAAGAAAUUACUUUAUUUAGUACUCUGCACGUAUAGUACUUCCAAUAUACGGGAAUAUGUAAAGAAUGUAAAAAAAAAGAAACACAUAAAAUAACGUGAACAAAUAAAUAAAUAAUUUAUUUAGAAA